AUGCUCUCCGUAGCAUCGCUACUCAAUCCUGCUAAGUCAGAACCGCGAAGCACUCGAAUAUCAUCAAGUCCUCCGUCGUCGCUUUGUACCUCAUCGCCCUCUUAUGGGCAUACCCUAUUACCCAUUCAAUCCUCGUCCAUCAAGAAACAAAAGAUGGCUAAGGACGGCGCAGUUUUCGCCAAGGGUACUAAGAUUAAGGGCGAUGUAAAUUUUCCACCGUUUGAAAAUCUGAGCGAGGAGACUAUGCGAGAAGUCUCAAAAUUCCAAGUGUAUCCACUUGGCAAGAUUCAAGAUUAUUGCCGCCAUAUCCCUUAUAAUAGCGAGAAAAAGAACUUCUUGGAAAAGACUGGUCGAGAGAGCUUCGAAGUAUUUCAGUACACAUUUAAACUCCCUGGUGAGGAUAGAGUGUACACUGUUAUGUGGGACUAUAAUGUUGGGCUCGUUCGCAUCACUCCUUUUUUUAAGUGCUGUAAAUAUUCCAAGACAACUCCGGCCAAGAUGCUCGGAAUGAACCCAGGCCUAAAGGAAAUCACGCACAGCAUCACUGGUGGCGCUUUGGCAGCCCAAGGUUACUGGAUGCCAUAUUCUUGCGCUCUCGCCGUUUGCACCACCUUUUGCUCCCACAUUGCUCCAGCCUUGAUUCCCAUCUUUGGUCCCUCCUUCCCAUCUCAGUGCGUUUCACCCGACGCUCCAGAACACGGCCGUAUGGUUAUCGACCCCAAUAUAAUCCGUGCCGCCACCGCGGAAGCCGAAUCUUAUCGUCUCCACUACACAUCCUUCACCCCCAAAUCUUCCACUAACGUUACACCUCGCGAUUCCGCCAGCCCCCAACAGCAAAGCUCUAAUUAUCUCAUUCGCACAAACACUAUGACGCCCCCAACAAGUUCAAGCAGUCAUCUCGAACGAAGACUGAGACUCAAAAGAACGUAUGGCGGCGAGAGUCCUUAUGCGGAGAGCAGUACUGAUCAUGAUGCUGCGAGCGAGACAUCAAGUGGUGAUGCUGCAUACUUUUGUUCGCCAGUAACUCCUACAUCCGGUCUCGCGGGUGCGAAUUGGGGCAUUCACGCCAGAUCGUAUCUUCCUAACGGUCCUUCACAUUCCUUGUCAAAUGCGAUGAACCAUCAUCAGCAUCAGAACAUCAAUUCCCAUUCCGCUAAUGCCGGGAUUAACAUCUCCGGGAUGGGGAUGGGAAUGGGGAUGGGUGGUCAUGGUCUGGGGCACAAUCAAGGUCUUCAUUAUGGUCAUACUCAUAAUCAUAAAUUGAUGAACCCUCACAUGAGUGUGAACGGUGCUAUGGUCAUUGGACACAGCGGUACAAACCCAUGGUUAAGUGCCAUUCCGCGGAGUAUAGGCGGACUUGCCGACAUGACAGCUAGCUGGAGAGCCAAGCGACGCGCGGAAGAACUAGAUGAAAAUAUCUCUGAUCAAAGAGAACGAGAACGAGAACGAGAUAUCCACCGUCCUCAUCCCACAGACGAAGAAUACGAUGGUGAAGAAAGCGCAAGUGCUACUGGUGAUGAAAAGAGUCCUAUCGGCGACGAUCGAACUAUUACCUUUGGUCCUCGCGCGCCUGCAACAAGCAUUGUGCAAAACCAUCAGCGCACCACAAUGGCGAGAGAAGAAAUCUCGGGAGAUAACAUCACAAAUGCAGCUGGUGAUGAAAAGAAGGCAGCUUGGCUCUUGAUGAAACUUAGUGUUAAGGAUGGUGAAGCAGGUGCUGCAUUACCUUCUUUACCGAGUGUAUCUGCAGUAGGCACACCGUUGAUGGGGAGUGCGAAGUGGAUUAAAGAGGGGGGGGAUAGUGAUGAGCCGCGGGUUAAGAGAAGGAGAGCGCUUAGUAUGUGA